CUCAUAUUUUAGAACGAGCCGGUGCCCAGAGACGGACCCAACAUCUACGAGCUGCGCUCCUACCAGCUGAGACCCGGCACCAUGAUUGAAUGGGGCAACUAUUGGGCGAGAGCCAUCAGCUACCGGCAGCACAACCGCGAGGCAGUCGGAGGCUUCUUCUCUCAGAUAGGAGACCUCUACAUGGUGCAUCAUCUCUGGGCGUAUAAGGACCUGCAGUCCAGAGAGGACACGAGGAACGCCGCCUGGCAGCACGAGGGCUGGGAUGAAGUGGUCUAUUACACCGUGCCGCUCAUCCAGCACAUGGAGUCCAGGAUCAUGAUCCCGCUCAAAGCGUCUCCGCUCCAGUAAUGCGUCCCGACACGUCCCCACGAGCACAACACCAGACGCUUUCACUGCCCUGAUUAACUCAUGAUGCCAACCAUCGGCAACACAACACUCCUCCUGACCGCAGAGCCUCUCGAAACAUUGCACCAGCAAACCAAACUGAAUCUGUAAGGUUUGAGACAUAUCUGAAAUCUGCUGGUUACGUCAAUCUGUAAAAUAAAGUAGCGUUGGAAGAUGUAAAGGAUAUAAAAGAAAGUGCAUUGAAUCACCACAAGUCUUGAACCCUUUUUAGUUUGGUGGGCGAUACAUCUUUGAUUCAUCAUAUUUCAAAACAAACAGCAUCUAUGAAUGCCUUAGAAGUAUAAACACACAUUUACUGUUCUCCCUGCUGAGAAAGCACUGUAAAUGUGCUCAUGUAUUUAUUGCAUAUGUAUAAGCUGUAAAUAUAAACCCCACACGGAGAGGAUUUCAUGUUUGUGUAACACAGCAGAAUGCAUCCUACAUAUUCAGAUCAAACCUGUGAAACCACGCUGCACGAGCCUCGCUGGGG